CUAUAAAUCGUAUAUCUACAGAGACCCCAUAUAAUAACCGCCACGUCCGUCUCGUCUUCGAUAAAGCCUAAAAUACGCACAAUUAUCUUCUCUGUCUAGGCUAGGGUUUCUGCCCGGAGUACAAUCCGAUCUAAGUUUGUUGAAAUUCUCUGUUAAUCUUUAGGGUUCCAAUUUUUCUACAGCACUAAUCAUGGCGACUGCUUCAGUUGCUUUCAAGUCCAGGGAGGAUCAUAGGAAACAGAUGGAAUUAGAAGAGGCACGGAAGGCUGGACUUGCACCGGCUGAGGUUGACGAGGAUGGAAAGGAAAUUAAUCCUCACAUCCCACAGUAUAUGUCAUCAGCCCCUUGGUAUUUGAAUGCAGAGAGACCGAGUUUGAAACAUCAAAGGAAGUGGAAAUCGGAUCCAAAUUAUACCAAGUCGUGGUACGACAGAGGUGCAAAGAUUUUUCAGGCUGACAAGUACAGAAAGGGAGCUUGUGAAAAUUGUGGAGCUAUGACACACAGUGCUAAAACAUGCAUGGAAAGGCCCCGCAAAUUAGGAGCAAAGUGGACAAGCAAAAGCAUUGCUCCAGAUGAGAAGAUAGAGACAUUUGAGUUGGAUUAUGAAGGUAAACGAGACCGUUGGAAUGGUUAUGAUGCUGCAUCAUAUAAACACGUGAUUGAAAGGUAUGAAGCUAGGGAUGAAGCAAGAAAGAAAUAUUUGAAGGAUCAACAGCUUAAGAAGUUGGAGGAGAAAAAUAAUAACCAAAAUGAAGAUGGAGUUAGUGACGAUGAAGAUAAUGAAGAUGCUCUGAAAGUUGAUGAAGCCAAAGUAGAUGAGAGUAAGCAGAUGGAUUUUGCAAAGGUUGAGAAGCGUGUGCGUACUACUGGUGGUGGUAGUACUGGGACUGUUAGGAACUUGCGUAUUCGAGAGGAUACAGCGAAAUAUCUUCUUAAUCUUGAUGUUAAUUCUGCCCAUUAUGACCCCAAAACUCGAUCUAUGCGUGAGGAUCCUCUUCCAGAUGCAGAUCCAAAUGAGAAGUUUUAUGCAGGUGAUAAUCAGAAUAGAGUUAGUGGUCAAGCUUUGGAGUUCAAGCAGCUAAAUAUUCAUGCUUGGGAAGCAUUUGAUAAGGGUCAAGAUGUUCACAUGCAAGCAGCUCCCUCCCAAGCAGAAUUGCUUCACAGAAAUUUCAAGAUAAAUAAAGAGAAAUUGAAAUCUCACACUAAAGACACUAUCAUGGAGAAAUAUGGCAAUGCAGCUACUGAAGACACACUUCCAAGGGAACUUUUACUGGGUCAAAGUGAGAAAGAAGUCGAAUACGAUCGUGCUGGAAGGAUCAUAAAAGGCCAGGAGAUAUCCCUUCCGAAGAGCAAGUAUGAAGAGGAUGUUUAUAUAAACAACCACACCAGUGUUUGGGGUUCCUGGUGGAAAGAUCAUCAGUGGGGUUACAAAUGUUGCCAACAGACGGUUAGAAACAGCUAUUGUACGGGUGCUGCUGGCAUCGAAGCGGCCGAAGCUGCUGCAGAUCUUAUGAAAGCUAACAUUGCUCGUAAAGAGGCUAAUGAAGAUAUGCCUGCACCAGCUCAGGAGAAAAGACUUGCCACUUGGGGUUCGGAAGUUCCAGAAGAUUUAGUUUUAGAUGAGGAAAAACUGGUUGAAGCCCUAAAGAAGGAGGACGAAAGGAGGAGAGGAGAGGAGAAGGAUGAAAGAAAACGCAAAUAUAAUGUGAAGUGGAAUGAUGAUGUUACACCCGAAGAGAUGGAGGCGUACAGGAUGAAGAGGGUCCAUCAUGACGAUCCAAUGAAGGAUUUUCUUAAUUGAAGCGUGUAUUAGAUUUUCCGAACUAUGAAACUCUUGUUUGCAUCAUGAUGUUGAAACGCAUGUUUAUGCUUUUACAAUUUCAUAAAAUAAACUACUAUUGUACAUUAUCGUGUCCUUGGAACGCUGUAAUUGCUGGAUGCUUCAUUCGUAUUGCUGGUUUGAGUGCCUAGUGAAUUUAUGAGUGACUGACUUGUUAAAGCUAGGAAGUUGAUGCUUUGGCCUGCCCUAGUUACAAUGGCAAAGUGUUGUUGAAUGAGAUCACUUCAA